ACUUUUUGUUUUGGAAUAGAUCUUCUGGGUCUUCUCGGUAUUGCACAAACGAAAGAGUUUGCAUUGAGAGCGCAGGUCUUGAGUCCGAAGGCAAUCCUACAAAGUGCCACCAUCAAUCCAGCUCGGAAGUUUGGACUGUCGGACUUUUUGGGUCAGAUCAAGGCCAACUUUGCUGCUGAUAUGCUCAUUCUGAAUGAGCAUCCGUUUGACAAUACCUCUAUAUUUGACAAUCCAGAAAAUAAUUUCUUAGCUGUGAUCAAAGAGGGGAGAGUAUUUCAUAGCCUUUCGUCGAAAUUGCCGCAGGAU